AUCACUCUUUUCUUUAUAUAUAGAUCAUAUGGUUCUCUCGUAGUUAUCUCUUGUUCUUGGUUUUCUUUUUCUUUUACUCUCUUUCACCAAAUCUUCUUCCUCCUCUUUAUAUUCUCUUAGUUUUUUUUCACCAUCAACAAUGGUGGAUCUUCAAACUGUUUGCUGCAUGUGCGGCGACGUUGGUUUUCCUGACAAACUCUUCCGCUGCAACAAAUGCCACCACCGCUUUCAACACUCGUAUUGCAGUAAUUACUACAGCGAGUUCGCUGAACCAAUUGAACUGUGUGAUUGGUGCCAAAGCGAAGCAAAGAACUCGAGGCAAGGAAGGUCUUCAAAGAAACCAACAACUGGAAACGAGAGUGGAAUUAUAAACCGAUCCGAGUAUUCGGGUGACAAAAUCAAGCAACAGGAUCGAGACGAAAGUGGUGAUCAUCAGAAAGGAAAGAGCAGUGGGACGCCCUCUCCAAGGCCUACGACACGCAGGUACAAGCUUCUCAAGGAUGUGAUGUGUUAACAACACUUAAUUCCCAAAGGAAAAAGAAAAGAGUUUGUGUCGAGAAAAUUGUGUGUUGUCGAUAGUAGCAAAACUUGUUCAUAAGUUGUUGUUAUCCAGCGUUUUCUUUUCAGGGUUAUGGAUGAAUUUGUUGGCAGUACGGCUUUUUUUCACUUUUUCAGUAAGUUUUGUUAAUAAAAUAAUGUAAUUUUAAUCAAACUGGAUCGUUGGCACAGGUUUUUAAGCUUUUCUCUUC